CUCAGAGGCACAUUGGAGUUUCCACAGGACUCCAGCUCUCCCAUCCUGUGCUCUGCAACCCAAACACCCGGAAGAACCAUGACCUGCAGAUCAGGAUUCAGCAGCCACACCUUCAGCUGCGCCUCAGCCUGCGGGCCCCGGCCCGGCCGCUGCUGCAUCACGGCCGCCCCCUACCGGGGCAUCUCCUGCUACCGCGGCCUCACCGGGGGCUUUGGCAGCCGCAGCGUCGGCGGAGGCUUCCGCGCUGGCUCCUAUGGCCGCAGCUUCGGGUACCGCUCUGGCGGCGUGGUCCGUCCCAGCCCGCCCUGCAUCACCACCGUGUCCAUCAACGAGUGCCUCCUCACGCCCCUCAACCUGGAGAUCGACCCCAACGCCCAGUGUGUGAAGCAAGAGGAGAAGGAGCAGAUCAAGUGUCUCAACAACAGGUUCGCCGCCUUCAUUGACAAGGUGCGCUUCCUGGAGCAGCAGAACAAGCUGCUGGAGACCAAGCUGCAGUUCUACCAGAACCGCCAGUGCUGCGAGAGCAACCUGGAGCCGCUCUUCAAUGGCUACAUCGAGACGCUGAGGCGGGAGGCCGAGCUCGUGGAGGCCGACAGUGGAAGGCUGGCCUCCGAGCUCAACCACGUGCAGGAGGUGCUGGAGGGCUACAAGAAGAAGUAUGAGGAGGAAGUUGCCCUGAGGGCCACGGCCGAGAAUGAGUUUGUGGCUCUGAAGAAGGACGUGGACUGCGCCUACGUCCGCAAGUCAGACCUGGAGGCCAACGUGGAGGCCCUGGUCCAGGAGAUCGACUUCCUGCGGCGACUGUAUGAGGAGGAGAUCCGCGUCCUCCAAGCCCACAUCUCAGACACCUCGGUCAUUGUCAAGUUGGACAACAGCCGGGACCUGAACAUGGAUAACAUCGUGGCGGAGAUCAAGGCUCACUACGAUGACAUCGCCAGCCGCAGCCGGGCCGAGGCUGAGAGCUGGUACCGCAGCAAGUGUGAGGAGAUCAAGGCCACGGUGGUCCGGCACGGGGAGACCCUGCGCCGCACCAAGGAGGAGAUCAACGAGCUGAACCGCAUGAUCCAGAGGCUGACGGCCGAGAUCGAGAAUGCCAAGUGCCAGAACUCCAAGCUGGAGGCUGCCGUGGCUGAAGCUGAGCAGCAGGGCCAGGUGGCCCUCAACGAUGCCAAGUGCAAGCUGGCGGAGCUGGAGGCCGCCCUGCAGAAGGCCAAGCAGGACAUGGCCUGCCUGAUCAAGGAGUACCAGGAGGUGCUGAACUCCAAGCUGGGCCUGGACAUCGAGAUCGCCACCUACCGGCGCCUGCUGGAGGGCGAGGAGCAGAGGCUGUGUGAAGGUGUUGGCUCCGUGAAUGUCUGUGUCAGCAGCUCCCGGGGCGGGGUCGUGUGCGGGGACCUCUGCGUGUCUGGCUCCCGGCCCGUGACGGGCAGCGUCUGCAGCGCCCCCUGCAGCGGGAACGUGGCAGUGAGCACCGGCCUGUGCGCGCCCUGCGGCCCCUGCAGUUCCGUCACGUCUUGUGGCCUGGGCACCGGCGGCGUGGGCUCCUGCACCAGCAACUGCCGCAAGUGUUAGGCGCCCCAACUCAGGCACGUCCCAGCACCUCUCAGGCGCGCAGCCCGCAAGCCCGCCCUGCCUGGCCGGGCCCCGCCCACCCCUGGGCGAAGCCAGCCCGGGGCUUCUUCUCUGGCACCUUGCAAAGUCCACCCCACUCCUGACCUCUCAAGCCUAUGCUUGAUCCCCUGUCCCUGGGCUGUGCGCCCGCGCUGGGAAAGGCUACCGUAGAAAGAAAUCUCUUUGGCGCCCAAGGGAAGGACAUCCCUGGGCAGGGAGAACCAGAACCAGGACCCUACCCUGGGCUGCCAUGGGGACAAUGGCCAAAGCCCCCACUCUGUCGCAGCAUCUUCCCUUCCUCCUAUGCCGUGUUCAUCUCUUUCUUUAUCUGUGCUUCCAAUAAAUCACUGUAGCCAACCCUGGA